UGACAACGGACGAACAGAACCUCCUAUAUAAGAGAUAUUUACACUUUUUAUAUAAAUUCAAAGAGUUACUCCGAUUUGGUAGUUCUCCCAUUUUUUUUGAAAGGUAGUUCUCCCAAUUUUAAAACAUCCUUUACUGUAUCUUGUAUCAGGGUAUAAGAACUGGUUCGGAACUGGAUGUGCUGUCUCAUCCUUUCGCUCAAUUUCCCCCUUUUCACACUCAUCAUAUUCCUAUUCCCCAUUGUCAUAUCUCCUCUACAUUUCUUUCCCGAAUCUCUUCCACCAUCACAGAUUCUCUCUCCCAAACUCAUCUCUUUUUAUCAAUGAUGCCAUUGUUCUUCUUACCUUCUCUUCCUUCCGUUCUUUUUCUCCCCACUCCUCCGAUUCUCUCUCUCGCGGCCCUUUUCCUUUCACACCACCCCUUUUCGGCUUCUAGAAUAACGGCAAAAAGUAGGAAACCUCCCCCUAUACAUAGAGCUCCACCCCCAGCAUUGCAUUAAUGGUCUGAACUGUGUUUUUGAAUUAAAGACUUCAUUUUUAUGCAGUUUAGCGUGAACCCUUUUGAUUUUGUUGCUUAAGGGUCUACUUUAUUUGAUACACCAGAAGAUUUAUGAGUUGGGUGAGUAAGCUUUUGAAAGGAAAUCACUCGAGUGAGGCAGUGGGAAGUGGACAGGGGCAGCAGCCUGAGUUUCUAGGGGAGGAAAACAUGGUCUGGCGCACUCCAUUUAGAUCUUCGACAGUUCAGGAUGUCCACCCCACAGCCAGGGAAAAAGAUGAAUUAGAGCAUGCAAUUGCACUCUCUAUGGCAGAAGGUUUGAAGCAGCCUACUGGCAACAAGUGGAGGGAAGGCUAUGAUGAAGAUGUACCACUACAUUUUCGUGGUGGUAGUGGUGCUGGUGGUGUCACUCUAUCCCUCCCAACGCCUCCUUUCUAUCUUGCAUGGGCACCAAAGGAUUACUGUGUAAGACCCAAAAGGAUAUGCAAUGGUUGUUACCGAGACAUUGGCUAUAGAAACUAUUUGGGAUGCAUGGGGAGUUUGUACCAUCCAGAGUGUUUCCGUUGUCAUGCGUGCAAUUCCCCUAUCAAAGGCAAUGAGUAUUCACUUUCAGGGAAUAAAGCGUACCAUACGAAUUGCUUCAAAGAACUAAGUCAUCCCAGAUGUGAAGUCUGCCAUCAAUUUAUCCCGGCUGACAGAUCUGGAUUGAUUGAGUAUAAAUCCCACCCCUAUUGGGGUACGAAAUAUUGCCCUUCACAUGAGCAUGAUAGCACUGCACGUUGCUGCAGUUGUGAGCGACUCGAGUCAUGGAAAGCAAGAUAUGUAUCCCUUGGAGACGGUAGGAGCAUUUGCUGUGAAUGCUUGGAGUCCGCGAUAAUGGACACCGGGGAUUGUCAACCGCUUUACCAUUCCAUCAGGCACUUUUAUGAGGGUUUGUACAUGAAAAUAGAUCAACAAAUUCCUAUGAUCCUUGUUGAAAGACAAGCUCUCAAUGAAGCUAUCGUAGGCGAGAGAAAUGGCUCCCUCCACAUGUCUGAAACAAGAGGCCUGUGCCUGUCUGAGGAGCAAACAGUUAGCAGCAUACAAAGGAAGCCGAGAAUGGGGGGCCGUGUUUUUGUAGGAAUGAGAACACAACCUCUCAGACUAACUCGAAGAUGUGAAGUUACAGCUAUCUUGAUUUUAUAUGGUCUACCAAGACUACUGACUGGCACGAUUCUUGCACAUGAAUUAAUGCAUGCAUGGUUACGGCUUAAUGGUUAUCGCAAUAUGGACUUGGAACUAGAAGAAGGAAUUUGCCAAGUGCUUGCUUACAUGUGGCUCGAGUCAGAGGUGACUCCUGGACACAGAAACAUGCCAUCAACGUCAACCGGUUCAUCCUCGAAGAUUGGUAGAAAAUCUGCUAUGGAAAAUAAGUUAGGGGAGUUUUUUAAGCAUCAGAUAUUGCAUGACGCUACUCCAGCGUAUGGAGAUAGUUACAGAGCUGUUCAAGCGGCCGUGAAUAAAUACGGUUUGAGGUCCACUUUGGCCCAUAUCAAUAUGACGGGCGCUCUCCCCAUUUAGACCUUCCAAAUCAUUCAGUGCCUGUCUCUCACACGUUAGAUACUGCUGUAGAACAAUACAAAGGAAAAUGAGACAUCAUAUAUGUUCUCCCAUAUUAUAAUUUAUUAAUUAAUUAAUGUCUACUUUAUGUGUUGAGCAAUUCUGUGUGAGUAAAAAACAAAUGCAUCCCGCAUCAACCUUUCUUUAUGUCAUUUUUGCUUUAUCCUUUUCUAUAACUUUGUUAUGUCAUUUCAUAUUGUAAACAUUGAUGUCUUUUACUCUUUUAUAGUGAAACUUCAGUUGAAUAUUUUAAGCUGA